UGCGGCGGAUGUUGAUGUUUUGUUUCAGAGAUCUCAGAACGAUGUGAAACUGUAUCGUCUCCGGGACUGCUCGAUAUUUUUGUGGCCGUCUUCCCCGAUACUUUUUGUCCUAUUUCUCUUUAAGGUUUCGCUGUUUGUCGGCAUCGUGUCUCUCCCGGUGUCUGUCCCGGGAAGCGCGAGGCCGAGUCGUGCGAUGAUGGAGGACUUUGAUGAGAUCUACGAAGAGGAGGAGGAGGAAGAGGAGGACGAGGACAGGGCCGCGGAAGAACAGCUCCUUAAGUACGCUCCGGACCCGGUAGUGGUGCGAGGGUCCGGUCACGUAACUGUGUUUGGACUCAGUAACAAAUUCGAGUCAGAAUUUCCUUCAGCACUUACAGGAAAGGUGGCGCCAGAGGAAUUCAAAGCCAGUAUCAAUCGUGUGAACAGCUGCCUAAGAAAGACGCUCCCGGUGAAUGUGCGGUGGCUUCUGUGUGGUUGUCUUUGCUGCUGUUGCACACUGGGCUUCAGUUUGUGGCCCGUCAUCUGCCUCAGCAAAAGGACAAGAAGAUCUAUAGAGAAACUUUUGGAGUGGGAAAACAGCAGACUUUACCACAAGUUGUGUUUGCAUUGGAGACUAAGCAAAAGGAAGUGUGAAACCAACAACAUGAUGGAAUAUGUAAUCCUAAUAGAAUUCCUACCUAAGGUCCCGAUCUUCAGACCGGACUAGCCUGACUACAGCUGAUCUGAAACUUCUUCUGCUGCCUGCCGCUGUCACAGAAUCACGAUGGCUGUAAAGUUCCCAAAUUAUUACAGUUCCUUAAAUACUCCAGCAUUUAUGUUGACAUUUAUUCUCCCUGUUUUCUCUUGGAUCCAUUCCCUAUAACAUAUCUACAGCCUUGUUUACAAAUCCAGCAGCCCCAUACUUUUUUUUUUUUUUUUUUUGGGGGGGGGGUGACAUCACCAUUGAACCUUGGCCAGCUGGGCAAACCUAUAUCAGCCUAUGGGAUGUGAGGGGAGAACCAGCCGUGGACAAUUUUCUUGAUCUUUGGAACUAUACCUGGAGACUAGACUCUCAAAUUGAGUUCUGGGAGCCACGACUGGAAAUUUGUCAUUUUUAUGUUUCCUAACCGAAGCACAUGGCACAGACAGACCAUGAUUAAAAAAUAUAUCAAUCAAUAAAACACUUUCAUAUGUUACACCACCAACUUCACCUGCAAAAAGUACACGCCAGUGCAUUUGUAAUAGUUGGUUUGGUGCUUUCGAUUUGUUAAAGGCAGAGGAAGCAACGCAACACUGAACUUCAAAAGAGCCUUCAUCCAAAUCGACGCUGUAGCGGAACGUGGGGGUCCUGCGGGAACAUGUUGGGCCAGUGGCAAAAACAGCUGAACUCAAUGUCACUAUUCAAAUACCAGGCAUCCUCUGGCCUCUUUUCACGUCACUUCACUGUGCAUCAACCUAACCCAGUGACAAUCACACACUUUGACUGUACUGUAUGAAUGGGUCUUUAUGCUACACAGGCUACGUGGAGCAGUUUGUUUUAAACAUGUGUCCAGGUGGUGGGCUGACUCUUGAAGAGACGGCCACCGGUGUUAAAGAAAAGCUUUUUUUUUUUUUUUUUUUUUUUUUUUUUUUUUCCUUCUUUUUCUUCUUCUUCUUCUUUGUUUUUAUUAUUUGAAGGUUUGUUUUCUGUUUUGUUGAAAGAAAAGACGGACAAUGCUUGCAAAACUUUUAUGUGUGUCAAACAUAAGCAAAAAAAAUAACCGAAAUUGGACAAAUCAAACAGAGGAUACUCUUCUUUGGUAAUGAAAAAAAAAUACUUCAAUCUUUUAGUUUAAGUAAUUUAUAAAUGUGAGCGUGCAUUGAUGAAAUAAGCAUCUUUUGUGUAACUGCAAAGGAAUGCCUUGGUUGUUUUAUUUCUCUCUGGGGUCUUGUGUCGUGACUAAAGCACACAAUCGCUUUGUACAUAAGAGAGGCCAAGUAAAGGUGUUGAUUAUCUGCUGACCUUGGCUUACUCGUGUCUAGAGGAUGUGGAUGUGUACAAGGCAGAUAUUCUGUUUUAGAUGUAAACUUACUCGAGAUGAGCAUAAAGAAUAAGAGUUCACCUUGUGAGGUGUUAUGUGGUACAAGUGAUCUGUGUCAUGAAGCAGGAUUUGGGCGUUCAAUAUAGUAUGGGGAAACUCAAACAAUCAACAAGGAAAUGAAGCAGGUCUAAUAUGUGUAAAGAAGUUUUCAGCCCUACUCUGUUCUAUGAGGCGUUUUUGUCUUCCAGUUUGAACCAGUUGUUUUCAGAAAAAAAGCUCAGACUCUCCACAGUCUGCUAAUAUGUAAACAUGCCGCUCUUUCCAGCAGAAGUUAGUGAACACCGGUAACAGACCUCAAAGGGAAGUAACAAAAUGCACUCCGUAUAGUAGUAAAGUGUGUCUAAUUUGAUUGCAGUUUUUCCAAAGACUUCUAUAGAACCUGAACUCUUUUUUUGUUUGUUUUUUGGGGUUUUUUUUUAUCACAACUGAGUGCAAGUAUUGGCUCUUCCACAUUGGCUUCAUUUUUUUUUCAGGUCUUGGAGCCAUGUCCAUUUUUUAUAUCAUCUAUAGUUAUCAGCUAGCCUGACAAGCAAGGGGCAUUUAUAGGCCAUAUUUAGCAGAAAGAACUGCUAAAUAAUAGGCAGUUAUUAUUUUUCGCGUAAAUCCAUUAAAAGCAACCUAAAAAGGUUUGAGUGCCACAAACAUGGUUAAAAGGUCUUUUGGAGCCUGCCUCAGGUGGUCACAUGAGGAGCUGCAGCCGGUGGCAGUUCGAUGUUAGCAGGAUUUUUCAGCUCCAGAGAAGUCCACUUUGUUAUAAAAUGUUGAUUAUGAAGCCUUGUUUCUGAGUGAGUUAUUUAGCCUGUAAUCCUACUUCAUGAUGGUUACUUCAACAAAUGUUUCCAUGUCACAGAUCAAAACGUGAAGCACAUCACAAAUCUUGCAUAUGUUUGACAUUGACAAAGAGAGGAACAGAUGGAAAUCUGAAAGAAGGCCUUUUUGAGUAGAUUGUAUAAUUGUCUUUCCCUGCUCCACACACCUUUGUGAAAGCAUAAGAAGACUAUGAGGUUAUGUAUGUCAAGAAUUUGAGCUAAGCCACUUAGUUUUUGUUCACUGAGGUCUGGUGAUUGCAUGGAUCACACUCAGGGGAUUGUACUAGAUUUUGAAAAGCCCUAAAAUGUAGCAAAAUCUCACUGUUACACCAGGGUGUCGCAUAUAGUACACGCGUCACACGUUACUUUGAGUAAUUGCUAAACGAUGCAUUUAAAGAUUUGGAAAUAUCCCUGAGAAAAAAAAGAAUAACCUUUAUAACAUUUCUGUGGUCUUCCUAUUUAGAAAGUGAAGGAAGCACAUGCACCAACAAAAAACAGAUUUAGCCUUUUUAUGUUAAAAGACCCAAAUUCACUUGAUUACUGCUGGUUUGCCUGUCGGUUCAUCUGUCACUUUUCUAUACUUUGAACUGUUCUGUGUAAAGCGAGGCAUAGGGCCGUAUGCAUAUUUGUGGUGUGUGUGCAUGAUGUUUGCAGAAGCAAAUGUUCCGAUGUAGAUCUGACUGUGAUGAAAUCCUGCACAAAAAAUGAGUCCUUUUUAUAUAAUCUUGAGUGGUCGUAUGUGUGCGUGUGUGUCUGAGAGACAGAAAAUGUAUAUACAUGACUCAUGAGCAGAUGUAUGUAAAGGAAUAAACUUAAUUAAACAAA